AUGUCGGGUAACAUGCAAGGGGUACAGAUGGAAGGCUUGGCUUUACAAGAGGCCCAAGAAACCGUCACUUUUUUCGUAGAAAAUCUAGAGGUCAAGAUUAAUAAAGGCCUUCUAUUUCGUAAAGUUCCUGCUUUAAGCAGAGAAACUUUUCCUCUCAAAAUGCUAAUAGACCUUGGAUCGUUCACAGCAUUUUCAAAAUGGCUACACGAGGAUAAGUUGCCAAUGUUGCUCGCCAUUUACCACGAGAGCAAUGGAACAUUCAGAUACUCAGGAUACAUUCCGGGACCAUUGUACAGAAUGGCCGUAUGCUUCGAGCUAGCUACUCUUGCCGACAAUAUCAUGGAUUGUGUCAGAAAAGCCCACAAUUCUUUGGGCGUUGGGUACACCAAGAACGAAAUUGCGAAUAUAUACAGAAACCAGCUUGCGCAUUUGGGACUGACUCUUUUUGCAUCUUUGUGGAUCCAUCUCGAGGAGACACGACCAAACAAUUUCAUGAAACUCACGACCAAGGCUGAGCGUAACGAACUUAUGAAAAACAAUUUUAUCGCCACGGAUGUGGCUAUCCAUCGUCGACCAGAGUAUAUGGGAAAUCAAACCAGAUGCUUUUAUCAUCUUCAUCGUUAUAUGAUCGGUUGGCCCUGUAUGCGAACCCACAGUACCGAUAUCCGCUUGUGGGUUUUGGACAAACAUGGCGUGUUGCACGACUUGCAAGCUUGGAGAGCCAAGACGUAUCUACAACCAGUAAAGACUGAAAAUGAUUCAAUCCCCUCUAAAUAA